AUGUCCCGGCCUAUGGCUGAAGAAAGCACCCUCAUUGCCUCUAAUGAAACCCAUCUUGGCGAUGUGACCGGCCUCGACUUCAACUAUAUGGAUGCAUCAAUGAACCUUGGCUUAAAUAACGACGAAACAAGUGACGUUCUCGAUACUACACUAUGGCCCAAAUCCCGAGGCUUAACUUCGCUGAGUUUGCCAGCGUCAGAGAUCUUCCAAUCAGACACAUCGUUUAUGCUUCCCGCUGCAAAUGUCGGGGAUACUUUCUGGGGUCAACUGGCAGGAAGCUCAGAUUGGAACUUGGAGUCCCACGAUCUUGUUAAUAUCGAGAAUCACCUUGCAGAGUCAUUGCCACUCAAUAUGGACGGUACAUACGAUUUAUCCGCCGAGUUGCAGGCUGAUGAUACUUCUUUCUUCACAUUCCCCGAUGACCGAAUACUCGAAGUUCCUUCCCUGACGUUGCUAAACGCUGCUAUGAAAGUGGCACAGCGAUUGAAUAUGAACGGUUUGAUUUGGGACUUCACCGCCGUUAGUCCAUUCUAUAGCCCUGCCAGCUCGAGUAACUCCAUCUCUUCGCCUCCCUCGCUGCAAUCAGGUCUAUCAACCUCGGCGGCAUCACCAACAAGCUCAGUUGAUCUGACAGAGCUCCCAUCGCAUCUCCUUCCCACACGUACUCAGCGUUUGAUUCCUCACCAUCCAAUUAUUGACCUUCUCCCUUGGCCAAGUACUCGAGACAAACUCAUUCAAGUCUUCCAUCUCCCCGCCAAUCUGCGGCCACCGACCGCUCAAGAUCCGAUGGGUCUUCUUAGAUUGGUAUAUGACAUGGAAGAUGGGGGUGGUGAAGGGGUGAGAAUCAGCGGUGAUGACCCCUUCGAGCCAUCUGUCUGGGAGAUAGGACAAGUUGUAUUCGAGAGAUGGUGGUGGGCAUUUGAGAUAAGUGUAGUGGAAAGAAGUAAUCGAGCGAGGGGGAGUAGAGGAGAGAGGAUAUUAUCAUUGGAAGGCCAGGACUCAUGA